AUGGAAGCGAGCAUCUUUUCACCAACACUUAUCAAAGGGCUUACCGAUAAAAUCUACGACAGAAGAAAGGCAGCUGCCCUGGAAAUCGAAAGACUUGUGCGUGAAAACGAAGACUCCAACGAACGAAUCACACAGAUAGUAGACGCUCUUGUGCAAGAGUUUGUGUACUCGAACAACCCCUAUGCUCGCUAUGGUGGUCUGAUUGGGUUAGCCGCGACAUCGAUUGCACUGGGUCCUGGUGUUUCCAGGUACCUUGACAUUAUUGUGCCGCCCAUCCUGUCAUGCUUCAGCAACCAGGAUCAAAAAGUGCGCUAUUACGCUUGCGAGAGUAUGUACAACAUUGCCAAAGUGGCAAAAGGUGAAGUGUUGCGCUAUUUCAAUAGUAUCUUUGAUGCUUUAUGCAAGUUAUCUGCAGACUCAGAGAUCAGCGUCAAGAAUGGUGCAGAGCUACUGGAUCGGCUCAUCAAAGACAUUGUAUCCGAGUUAUCCACCACCUACGUCUCACCUUACAGCGAACCGUACAACUCGAUCGAAGCAGGCGGCGACAAACUGGAUACACCUUCUUCACUUCCUCGCAACACAGCCUUCUCGCUACCGCGAUUUAUACCUUUGCUCAGCCAACGUAUCUAUGUCCGCAAUUCAGCCGCAAGACAGUUUUUGGUGUCUUGGAUGUGUGUGUUGGACUCGAUCCCUGAUCUCGAGCUGGUAUCCUUUCUGCCUGAAUUCCUGGAUGGUUUGAUUCGAUGUCUCAAUGAUGUGAGUGAGGAUGUAAGAGUGGCUGCCAGUGGUUUGUUGCAAGACUUUUUAAACGAGAUCAAAGAAGCAGCUGCUGCUCGCACAUUGCAGAUCAAACAACAGCAGCAAAAGCAGCAGCAACAGGCCUUGUUUAAGAAGAAAGAGAAAAGCGUGAAAACAGCAGAUAAUGCUACUGCUACUGAAGACAACACAGAGGAAGAAGACACAGCAUCGAAAGCGACAGCAGCAGCAGUAGCAGCGACUGAAGAGCAGGAUGAAUCCACCCAAGCAGAUGACGCCAAAGAGGAAGAACAGGACGAGAAAUCGCUGGUGGACUCCGAGAAUGAUGGCCAUGGCAAAGGCACCUAUGUGCCUGGGCAAGGUGUUAUUGUGCAAUACGGGAAAAUCGUCGAGAUCCUUGUCCCUCACCUCUCAUCCUCAGAGGAGGACAUCCAAAAGACAGCCUUGUUGUGGAUCAACGCAUUUAUUGAAAUCGCUCAGAAUGUGAUUAUCCAGUAUACCCCUGAGAUUAUCAAGGCAGUGCUGCCCUCUCUCGCUCACCCAGUUACACCUAUCCGUAACAUUGCACUUGAAACCAACCAAAAUCUACAACGACUUGUGUUAGAGACACCCAUCCAUGCAUCACCACCCGAGCCUGCUGCCAGCAAAAGUGAUCCAUCGGGUGACAAUACGAAGAAGAAGUCGCUCAUGGUGUCUUCUAUCGCUGGAUCAGCAGCACAGCAAGACCCCUUUGAUUAUCAAGCGACCGUGGCUAACCUGCGAUUGCAAUUCCUCAACCAAAACGAAGAAACCCGUGUUGCAAGUCUCGAUUGGUUAUUAAUGCUACAUAAAAAGGCGCCCAACAAGAUCCUGGCUUCCGAUGAUGGUACAUUUCCUGCGCUUCUCAAGACGCUCUCGGAUCCUUCGGAAGAUGUAGUCCGUCGUGAUUUACAGCUAUUAGCACAAAUUUCGUCCUAUUCGGAUCACGAUUAUUUCAGAAGUUUCAUCAUGUCGUUAUUAUCCUUGUUCAGUACAGACAGACGCUUACUGGAGACAAGAGGCAGCUUGAUUAUCAGACAGCUGUGUAUGAGUCUGGAUCCAGAACGCAUCUACUGCGCCAUUGCCGACAUUCUGGAACAAGAUGAGGAUUUGGAGUUUGCCAGUAUCAUGAUUCAGAACUUGAACAUCAUUUUGAUCACCUCGUCUGAACUGACAGAUCUGAGAAAACGGUUGAGAAAUUUGGAGCACAAGGAUAACCAGCGUCUGUUUAAUGCGCUCUAUCGUUCUUGGUGCCAUAAUGCUGUCUCUGCGUUCUCUCUGUGUCUGCUAUCUCAGGUCUAUGAGCAUGCUGCCAACAUGCUCCAAAUAUUUGCUGAGUUGGAGAUUACAGUGAAUAUGCUUAUUCAAGUGGACAAGCUGGUGCAAUUGUUGGAAUCGCCUGUGUUUACAUACUUGCGUCUUCAGCUGCUGGAACCUGAAAAAUACCCCUAUUUGUUCAAAUGCCUGUACGGUAUCCUGAUGCUACUACCUCAAUCCUCUGCCUUUUCCACGUUACGAAACAGAUUAAGCAGCGUCUCAUCACUCGGUUUUCUCCACGUUCUUCCAAAGGUAACACCUGUUGCUUCAUCAACAGCCACAAGCACAUCCACAGAUAGAAAAAGCAGCAAAUCCAGUUCUACCAAAGCGGAAGAAAUCAGUACCAUCAAAUACGGGGAUCUUUUGACCCAUUUCAAAUCAGUACAAUCUAGACACGAAAAGCAAAGAAGACAAUCUCUACAGAGCACAUCUCGCACAGCGCAUUCCACAAAUACUUCUUCAAUCAGCAUGACAUCCAAUAGUGCUGGCAGAUCCAGAAGACCAAGAUUGAUGUACGGAGAUGCGUCUCCCACGCAACCACAUUCACAGCUACAACAGCAGCAACAGCACACAUCCUCUCCACAUGAUAGCAAGGGAUUGGGGCUAUCCUCUAAUACAUCCAAUGCCAGCAAUGUAGGUUCUGGUGGUAUUCGCAGUGGCAUGGCUAGCUUGGGCUUAACGCCAUCCCAUAAUUCAAAUCACGAGAGUUCAUCAGCAGGCGGAUCAAGCAAUCUUGGUGGAGGCUCAAGGGUUACAGCCAGUAGAAGAAACCGAAGAGCCUAA